AUGGAGAAACCAGUACUACUAGAAGUAUGUGCUAAUUCUCCCGAGACCUCGAGCAUUAUCUCGGCCGGCCCGGAGAAGAUGAAUACUAUGAAGAUGAAGGAGAUCAACGUCGCCGACGAAUCCCAUAAUCAACAGAAGACAGAGGUGGUGGCGGAGGAGGCAAAAGCCAACGUUGAACUUGCACUCUUCAAGGAUGAUCAACCGCCGGAGGAGGAGGCCGGGGAGGAGAACAAUGGCACGCGUGAUCAACAGAAGAAAGAAAAAGUAGACAAUAGGGUUUUUAAGUGCAACUUCUGUAACAGAAACUUCUCUACUUCCCAAGCCUUGGGAGGCCACCAAAAUGCUCAUAAGCCGGAACGACAGCUUGCAAAACGGCAUGGCCAAGGACGGGAUGCAGGUGGUGGAUUUGGAUUAGGGCAAUCAUAUUAUCCUUAUAAUUUCAGCCCCUAUUCUUCGUCUGCUCUUUCUCCACACUACUCACUUUAUGGAUCAAGGUCGACGUCUCUUGGUGUUCGGCUAGAUUCCAUGAUUCAUAAGCCUUCUUAUACCCCAUGGUACGACCGCCUAGGUGGCGGCGCUGGGUGGUUGAGGCCAGCUUCAUCAAGCCUCCUGCAGAACCAUACUAGUAAUGAUCAUAGGCUCAUCUUUCAGGGUCUUCAGAAUAAUAUCAACACCAAAGAAUUAGGGUUUGGUGCACGAACGUUUAAUACUUCAUCAAGAUUGGAAGAGUGUAGUACUAGUGCAAUUCGCAACACCGGUGGGAGUUGGAACCUUAACGCAAUCAACAAAAACAACAACAACAACAACAAGAGUAAGCUGCCGCCACGACGGCCGACCUUUAGUGGAAGUACUGAUCUUCUGUCUCGAGUAGAGCAGACUCCGAAGUGUGAUGAAGAUGGUGACAAUGAAAUUGAUUUGACGCUUAAACUCUAA